AGGGCGGCUGGGCGGGAGUGGGCAGUGGGACUGGGCAGGCGUCCUGGCAAGGGGUAGCACGGCUGAGGGACACAGCUGGUCCUGUGUUACGCUCAGCCUUCGGGGGAGCAGGCGUCAGGGCAGGACGGGGGUAUGCAGGGCAGGAAAAGUGACGCUGCCACAGACUGAAAGAUGGCAGAGUUUGGGGUGCAUUGGCUUUACUGUGGCAUUUUGGGGCAGCACCAGCAUAGGUGGCUAGGAGGGGUGGACAGUGGGACACCACAUGGGGUCUGAGGGGCGCAGCAUCCUGCUCUUGGCCAGCAGUGCCUGGGGAGGUCCUUGAGGGGCCCUGAGCUCAGGCAGGGGUCCUGCUUCAGCCUCCCGCCCUUGCUCCUCUUGACACCUCCCUCUGCCAAAGCCCAGUAUUCUGCGGCCCGGACUCCCCUGUGGCAGGAGCAGUCCCAGCCGCUCCUCCGCCGUGACUCACUCCCCAGGCUUGUCCCCACCACACCCUCCACCCCUGCAGGAAGCCCCUCGCUUCCCAGCUUCCAGGCUAGAAUGGAACAGAGGCGGCCCCGGUUCCUCAGCAGACCUGGCGCUGUGGCAGAGCUCCUUCCUUCUGAGCACGCAGUGGGGAAGCCUCACGUCCCAGAGGAAGGCCGCUGGAGGGGGUACAGGGCAGGAGGCGGUGUGCAUGCGUGUGUGUGAGAGAGAGAGUGAGGAUGAAGGAUGAGCGUGCAGAUGCAUGUGUAAGUGUGUGUAUCCAUGUGUGAGAGGAGGGCCUGCAGACCUGGUCAGCUCUGGAUUGGGUAGGAGCAGGUCAGGUAGUCAUCCCUCAGGACCCAUGAGGAUAUGGGUUUUGUUCUGAGAGCCCUGGGCUUCCUGGGACCCCACCUCGGGGUGCCUGCAGGAAGGGAAACGGGGUGGGCGACGGGGAGGGGCGCCUGGCCACUAACUGGUGUGGGGGCUGUGGGGUACACUGGGGUAGCUGGGGGCAGGUGAAUGUGGCAGAGGGGCCCCAGGCCUGGGUGCUGGGCACCUGAGGUGGGGGAGGUCUACACCUCACUGGCCGGGCAGUCCAGGCAGGACAUGACCAGGGCAUCUAGGACAGGGCCCCGGAGGAGGCAGGGGUGUGGAGGACAACCUGCAGAAGCGUCCCAGAGCUGACAAGGGGAGAUCUGAGCGUCUGAGGCCAGGCGGUGGGGAGAGCAGUCUUGGGGGCUUGGUGCCGGUGUAGGCAGGGAGAAAUCCCUCUGGGCAUGCGGCAUCAGGGCCCGAGCAGCGGGAGGCGCUGCAGCCUCACUCAGAACUGCCCCCGGCAGGGUCCUGGGGUGGGCAGGUGGGCACGCAGCAGGAGGGAGGCCCUAGCCUCGGAGGCCCACAGAGGUGGGUUUCCAGAACAGGCCCUGGUCCUUUAUGAAGACCGCAGUCUCCUGGGGUUGAGUCCACCUUGGGCCUCUUGAAGGUGCUCAUAUGUCAAGGAGGGACCACCAGUGUCCGCUGCAGCCAGGAGUCCUCAGGAAGGGGAAGAGGCUACCUGAGGUGCUGAGAUUCCCAGGGAAGGGUCCCACCAGUCCUCUUGGUGAGCCGAGCACCCCGGCAGCCCCCCCUCAGGCAGAGGAAGCCCGCCCGCAGCGCGAGGGGGCACAUGGAGGAAGCUAGGCCGGGGUGGGCGGGACGUGGCGGGGCAGGCCCGGCCUCACUGUGCUGCAGGAGGCGGCCCUGGGCACCUCUGGGUCUCGGUCUCUGACCAGCCCCUCAGGGCCUUCCUUCAUAGCCAGGGGUGGAAGGGGCUUGAAGGGGAGAGUGCCCAGCUGCCCACCUCUGCAGAAGCCGCUCUGUUGGUGCCAGAGCCAGGGGUAGAGGGCCCAGCUCACCCCAGCACAGGUCAUCCUGAUGCCCCUGGAGCCUACAGUGUGCCCUCCCGCCCUCCUCCCAGUAGGGUGCCUCAGGCAGCUCUGGGUGAAGAUGACCCCAGCCCCCUUCCCGGGGACCCCCAGCAUGUGCCCUGCUCACCGCCCAGUCACCCCUCGCCCCCCAACUCCACCCUCCACUGCCCCCUCCAGGGCCUGACCCCCACCCACACUUGCCCCCACCCCCUCGUACACCUGUCCUGCUGGCCCAGCCAGGGCUAAGCCCCCGCUGGCUGCCUCCUCCCGUUAGCACCAGGCAUCUGUGGGCCUGGCCGUUGCCUCCCACUUUUCCAGCUCUGUUGUGGUCCUUGUACCCCACAGCCCUGGGACUGGUCACCAGUGAAAGUCCCCGCACUGUACAUGAAGCCUCCAGACCCAGAGAAAUACGUUCCAGAUGGGAAAAGAUAGGGAGAAGGAGCUUGUAGUGAUGGGGUGGGAAGCCCCUUUAAAUAGGUUUCUUAUUUUACACCUGUGGUUCACAGAGAAAGUAUGACGAGACCAGGGGUGGUCUCGUUUGGCCCCAAACCUGGUGCCCCAGUGGCACGCUUGUCACAGUCGGCGCCAGUACUGAUGCGUCGCCAUUAACCAAAGGCGCCUCACUUUCCACCUGUGUGCUCCUGAGGUCCCCUGAGGGGUGACUGUCCCCAUGUCUCCUUGGCCCCUGCUGUGGGUGACUUCCUCAGACUUCCUUAGUGUCUGAUGCCUUUGGGAUUUUGAAGGUCAGGUAGUUUGUAAAACACCUCCUGGAACUUGUCUCAAUAUCUCUCAUGAUUGCCUGUGGUGAGGGUUUGGGAAGAAGGCCUCGGGGGCAGCGAGCUCUGUGCCCUCAGCUGGGCUUCUCACUUUGGGUGGGGUCCCUGUCACAGCCUGAUGCCUGUCAGGCACCCCUCCUUUCCUCCCUGCUCUGCUCUCUGGAGGAACACCCUCCUGGAGGCCACAGAGGCUGCACGAAUAUUUAGAGUUCCCUGCCCCCCCAUUUACGUAGUUAUUGUAUCAUUUGUAUCACUCGGGACUCAUAUUAUUUACCUUGGGCUAUAAUCUGUAAACUAAUCUAUAACAGUACUUUACUUUAUUGGCCAAAUUGAUCUGGUUUCAGACACUGGGCUCUACUUCCCUCAGCGCCCACGUUGUGUCCCUUUGAUUCACCUCCAUUAGUGUGUGUGUAUGUGCACGCGUGCACUUCCCUCAGCUCCCACAUUGUGUCCCUUUGACUCACCUCCAUCAGUGUGUGUGUGUGUGUGUGCACGCAUGUGCUUCCCUCAGGUCCCACGUUGUGUCCCUUUGACUCACCUCCAUUAGUGAAUGUGUGUGAGUGUGUGCUCGCGUGCGCUUCCCUCAGCACCCACGUCGUGUCCCUUUGACUCGCCUCCAUCAGAAUGUGUAUGUGUGUGCACACAUGUGCUCCCCUCAGCUCCCUCGUUGCAUCCCUUUGACUCGCCUCCAUUAGUGAGUGUGUGUGAGUGUGUGUGUGUGUGUUAGCACUUCCUUCCUCUGACACCAAGAGAUGCUUCAGAAUCGUUUCCUGCUGCUGCCCUGCAACCAGCUGUUUCUGCACUAGCCCAGUUUCCUUUAUUGGUGAGUGGGACCAAGGUGUGUUCAUCGCUGUGGGGUGUUUUUCCAUAUAGGCCUGACAGGCAUCGUGUAUAUGCACAUGUCUAUUCUUGUCCAUACUGAGCUGAAGGUGAGUUCAGACCCACAUAGCCAAUGCUGAGCCAUGACCGUGUGGAACAUUCCAGCCCGCUCCUCUCACUUGUCUGUGACCCCCACACAGUGAGAGCCCGGGCCUGCUCCCCAUUCACCCGUGGUUCGGUCCAAGUGCCCAGGAGCACAGCGCCCGGCAGGGUCAUGGGCUGGCCUCGGAGGGUGGAGGGGCUGGGCGAGGGGCGGGCUGUGGGCGGGGCAUGGGCCUGGCCGGGAUGGGUACAUAGCAGAAGCCUGAGCGGGGUGGUUUCCGCGUGUCGGGGAGCACAAGGGGGUUUCUGGUGCCGAUGGGGCCAGGUACGCUUGGCAUUUUACUCCAAAGUCGGGAGGAGUCGCAGGAGCACAGGUCGAUGGGCUUCUGAAGGUGCCCAGCGGAGGCGAGGUAGGCCCAAGGGACUGCAGGGCCUAGCGGGUCUGAUCAGCGUCUCUCCUGAAGAAGCAGAUGGAGUGUGGGGCAGAGAGCUGUCCAAUAUAAGCCCACCUGAGAUGGAAGUCAAUCUGGAGGGAAAUUUUGGGGUCUGGUCUUCUGGGAUUUGCUGUGCCUACUGGCAUCCGUGUGCCUAUGUGGAGGCGGCAGCUGGCACUAGAAGUCUGGAUUUGGGGAACCCCCAGGGCAUGGCACUUAAGGUGGUGCCCAGAGCUGGUCAGCAUCAGCCCCCUGAUCACAGGAAGAUCCUGCUGUGACUGCGUGUGUGACACAGGCAUGGGCCCCUGGAUCUAAAGAGCCAGAGCCUCUGCCACACACCCAGAGCUUGCCUGAGCUCCCCCACUGGCACUGGGGGAAGGCGGAGGUUUCCUCCCGCAAGGCUUGCAUCCUCUUUUCUCCGCAUGGCUCAUCUCUGGGGAGGCUCUAACUGCACCCGGGUCAGCCCGCCCGGGGCAAAGUGCCAUCCUCCACACCCUAGGGCAGGGUCCACCCAGUGCCAUGCUAGAGCUGGUCUCGAGAACAAUCGCCCCCACCCCUGACCCAGUGCGCGUCUCCUGGCAUUGUUCAUGGGCCUUGUGGGAGCGCUUACACCACGGGAAUCGGUGAACACUACACUAUGGCUCUUCCACCAAGAGCCAGUUGUUAAGUACCACACAUGGGGGGUCGGGAUUGUCCUGGUACCACCACCUUCCCUCCUGUUUCUCCACAGGCAUCCAUCUUGGAGGGGAGAAAAGUCGGGACUGCUCUGCCAUCCCUUUUCUGGGUUCCUGCACGGCAGGGCUGUGGGCCCCAGCCUCCUGUGAUGUGGGACUGUCGAGGUCAGGGAUGGGGUCAGGUCCUGAAAGAGGGCUGAGGUUCAAGCUGAGGAAGAACGUCCAGCUGAGUUCAGCAAGACCUUCGUGGGGGUCAUUCCUUCUUGAGGCAGAGGAAUCCCGGCUGCCCCCUCUUCCUGCCCCCACCCCUUGCUCCGGGAGAGGACCCAGCUCAAUAAAGAGGGCUGGGAGCCCUGAAUGCCCCUGCUGUUCCAUUCCACACCUGCCCGCGCUGCUUCCCAGGCCUGUUCCAGAAAGAGGGAGCCAAAAGCAUCAGGGGUCUUCAGCCCCUAAACUGCACAGGAGCAGGGUUGAGCUCCUGCUGGUGACCUGCAGGUCUUAUCCCCCGCCCCUAUGACCAACAUGAGCUGGAGCUUCCUGACGCGGCUGCUGGAAGAGAUCCACAACCACUCCACGUUCGUGGGGAAGGUGUGGCUCACGGUGCUGGUGGUCUUCCGCAUCGUGCUCACCGCCGUGGGCGGCGAGUCCAUCUACUCCGACGAGCAGACCAAGUUCACGUGCAACACGCGGCAGCCAGGCUGCGACAACGUCUGCUACGACGCCUUCGCACCCCUGUCGCACGUGCGCUUCUGGGUCUUCCAGAUUGUGGUCAUCUCCACGCCCUCCGUCAUGUACCUGGGCUACGCUGUGCACCGCCUGGCCCGCGCCUCCCAGGAUGAGCGCCGUCGCUCUCGCCGCCGCCCGGGCCGCCGCGCAGCCCGCGCGCCCCUGCCGUUGCCCCCACCGCCGCACCCGGGCUGGCCCGAGCCUGCCGACCUGGGCGAGGAGGAACCCAUGCUGGGCCUGGGCGAAGAGGACGAAGACCCGGGAGUGGCCGAGGGCCUGGGUGAGGAGGACGAGGCCGAGGACACGGGGGCGGCCAAGGGCGCAGGAGGGGACGCCAAGGUGGCUGCGGCCCCGGGUCCCGCGGGCCAGCAUGACGGGCGGCGGCGCAUCCAGCGCGAGGGCCUGAUGCGCGUGUACGUGGCCCAGCUGGUGGCGCGGGCCGCCUUCGAGGUGGCCUUCCUGGUGGGACAGUACCUUCUGUACGGCUUCGAGGUGCGGCCCUUCUUCGCGUGUAGCCGCCAGCCCUGUCCCCACGUGGUUGACUGCUUCGUGUCACGGCCCACUGAGAAGACAGUCUUCCUGCUGGUCAUGUACGUGGUCAGCUGCCUCUGUCUGCUGCUCAACCUCUGUGAGAUGGCGCACCUGGGUCUCGGCAGCGCGCAAGACGCUGUGCGCGGCCGCCGCCCACUGCCCCCCUCCCCCGGCGCCAUGCCCCGCCCGCCUCCCUGCGCUCUGCCCGCUGCGCCUUCAGGCCUGGCCUGUCCGCCUGACUAUAGCCUGGUGGUUCGCACGGCUGAGCGCGCACGCGCCCAGGACCAGGACCUAGCCAGCCUGGCCCUGCAGGCGCUGCAGGACCGGCGGGCACUCGGGGACCUCGACAGUCCACCCGUCCCGGGCCUCCCAGUGAACGCCCGGGGGCCCCCGAAGGCUGGCGCCCCUGCGUCAGGGUCGGGCAGUGCCACAUCAGGGGGCACUGUGGGGGGCCAGGGUCGGCAGGGGAUCAAACCCAGGAUGGGCUCAGAGAAGGGCAGUGGGAGCAGCAGCAGGGAGGGUAAGACCACCGUGUGGAUCUGAGGCCUCCCCUUGGCUGCUCUGCAUCUUCCCUCUCCCCAGGGCGGAGGCAGGGGGCUCUAGGGAGGGGCUGGACACCACCUAAGGUGCAGAGCACAACCUGCCCUCCUCUUCCUCAGCUGGCUGCUCACCCCCUCCGGAGGGGUACAGGGCACUGACCUUCUCUGCAUCAUCACCCCUCCCUGCCUGAGCCCUGUGUUCCUCCAGGGUAGGGUGGGCAGCCUGGGAACCAAGAAGGGUCCCCACCUCUGACCCAUAAGCCCUGAUGGGGGAUAGGACUGUGGCUGGGGCAUUGCCCGCCUCCCAGAGCCACCCAGCUGGCCCCCUCAGGACAAAGGGGCCCCCAGGCAGGAGCUCCACCCACUCCAGCCCUGCUUCCCUGCAGAAGCCAGGGCGUGACUGCCCAAGGGUGCCUGGCUUCCGUGUUGAGGGGUUCUGUGCUUAUUCCCACUUCCUGCCUAGCAAAUGGGGUUCUUUCCCUAGCACCCACACUCUUCUAGUCCAUGCUCUGGUUCUUGCAGAGCUAGAGGCAAUGCCAGGUCUUCCUGGCAUAGAAGGAAAAACAGUGAGCACGGUGGUCAGAGGCUGCAGCCAGUGCUGGUCGGCACUGCUUCAUGCCUCACCCCCACCAGGUCCCAAAUAUGAGCUGCCUUGAGUGCAGGUGGAACUGCACCCUGCUUCCUGCUUCCCGCCCAGACAGACCCGGGGCUAAGGCCUUGCAUGGGCUGGGGUGGAUGGGACCAUGCCCUCCCCAGCUCUGUGUGGCCCCUUCCUUGGGCACAUACUUGAAAUUCCGAAAAGACACUGGCCUCCCUUGCCACUCAGACCAACAGGGUGGUGGUCAGGGGCUAUGACUUUGGCCACGCUGAGGGAAGGGACUCUGAAGCUCCCGCCACAGCCUCUUCCCUCCAGCCCCCUCUUCAACUCAGACACAGCUUCCAAAACAAAGGGAGUGAAAUAAAACUAACUUUUGUUUACAA